GCUGGUGACAGAAGCAAUGCUCCUGACACACAGCAGCAGCAGCAGCAGCAAGCAACGAGACACGCAGGAAGAAAAGUUGCCACAUUCAAAUCAACAGUCGACAUGCCUGAGUACUCAGACCUGGAGAAGGCCAUCAACACACUGGUCAGCCAGUUCCACUCUGCUUCGGCUGACAAAAGUCCAACGCUGAAAACGGAUGAAUUCAAAGGUCUUUUGUCCUCCCAGAUGCCUAACCUGGUCAAGGGGAUCGGCACAGAGCAGGGACUGGGUGAGAUCCUGCGAAAGAUGGGUGUAGGCGAUGGUGAGGGCAUCUCUUUCAAGCAUUUCUGGAACUUAAUCCAGUCAGUAGCCACCACGCAGCAUGGCCUCCUCAGUGGGCAGAAGGGCUCCUCAUGCAGCUGCAUCCUCCUGUGAAGACCAGGCUCUCAGCCCAAGACAUCAGCGAGCUCUGAGUUUCCACCCUGGAAUUUAACUAAACAGAGUAACAAUAUGCACAUCACUCUCCUAAUCAGGUGUCGGACAGAAUACAAAGGUACAAAGUCGAGUCCGCCCACAGCAAACUGUUCCCAACUUUUAUGACUAAACAUUACACUUUUCUCAAUCUGAUAAGUUUCCACAUCACACUUCUGCCAUUGUACUGCCCAGCAUCCUUUGCACCAGUUGAAGUUCAAAUUCGGGCUAGUUUGCAUUCAAAUGAUCACGUUGUCCAAGUCUGUUACUAUAUUUGUAAAAGUUAUAAGAAUCAAACUAUCAUUUGAGCUAGCCUACAAUAAAAUAAUCAAAUCAUACAUAUUGAACCCUUCUGACACUUUGACAUGAUCCAACAAGCACUUCAUGUGUUGGAGGUCCUCAUGCUAAGUGUGAAUUUAGCUGGUGCAAAAGGCUGCUGGGCAUUAUCACAGUCACAGUCAUUAACAAUAACAUCAUUAAUAUAGUCACUUUCCCUCAUUCACUCCAAUUUGGUCUUAUGUUUGUUUUCCAUGUAUAAUAUGUCAUGGUGCCUUCAUGUUUACUUCACUAAUCAUAGGAGGAUGAACUGUUGUCCCACUGUUGUCUUUUUCACAACUUCAUAAAUAAAUUGUUCAAUAGCUUAAAGCUCACACGAUGUGAUGAGUGCUGACAUUUUUGAAAAUGGAGUGCUCUGUGAAAUGGAAGCAUGACAUAAAAUACAGAAGAUACAAAAUCAAUCACCAUUUUGGAAAAGGGAACAAGAACAGGGUCUCACAAUAUCCCUUUCUUGUCACUUACCUAACAAUGAACAUCUCACUAGUUACCCCUAUUAAUGCCAAGUAUAUAGUUUACAUAUGGUAACAUAGUCUAGUCAACUUUGCAUGUCAAAAAUGCUAACUCAUAAAUACCAUUUGAAGGCACGUCAGUAUGAGAGCAUGUAUCAACAGAGUUGAGGCCAGAUCAUUAGAAAUAUUUAGGAAGAACUACAGUCGAACUUUCAGAAGCUUUGAAAUAUUUUAAAUAGAAUUUCUUUAUUUGUUUGUGCAGAACUGAGUCCAGGGUAAAUUAUUGCUGUAAUUUGCAAUUCACAGUAUCUGUUAUGUUAGCAACGGCAAUUGACACAGUAACUUACAGUGUUCAUCCUUGUCUUAAUCUUUAAGUAUAUAACACUAAUUAUCUCAAUUUUGACCUCAUAUGUGUCAGUAACAAAACAAAAAUGUAGUUUUGAUUGUUUCAGUAUGUUUGACUUUAUAUACAUCUGGAGAAACUGAAGACAGAAACAUCUCAGUGUGGUUUAUAGUCCCUUUAUAAGUUUCUACUAGUAAUGCUUUACCCUCUGUGAUCCUGCAUUUUCUAUGUAUUUAUAUUUUGUAAUUCUCUGUAUUCUGAGCUGUGUGACACCAUAAGACAAAUGAUGUAAUAAACAUAUAAAGAAAGCACCAA